UGCAUCGCAACUUCUUUGUUCCAGUGUCGACGCAGCAGCUCAGCGCUCAAUAUCUGGCAUGCACAUUGUCCGAUCGGCAUUUUCAUGUGCGCCUUUCACGCAGAAAGGCAGUGUAUUUCAUACAGCAGCCGCGUGCGGAUCAUGUCUGCAUUACGGCCAAGCCAAAGGAGCACGGCAGGUGGUGAAUGACCCGCUUUUGAUUGCGAACAGAACGUCUCUGGCGGGUUCAGAACAUCAGCUGCUCAUAAAUUUAGCGCGAGUCGACCGCGCUUCAACUGCGGAUGCUAAGGCACCACGCUGUGAUGCACUAUCGCCCACUAUUGUGGACGAGGGUGGAUGGAUCUCGAUAAACAAGGAUCCUACUGUGAACGUCCACAUCGCAACCCGGCCUUUCCUCUCCAGCUUCCUCGCGGGGCACAGCACAGCUUUCGAUUGCGUUUCUGGACAGUCUUUGGACCUCCGUUUAUACCAUCAUGUCUUCACCGGAACUCAGGCUAGCGGUUAUGCUCGAUCGCCCACAUUAGACUAG